GGACGGGAGGCUCCUCCCGCCGGGCGCCGAAGCACACCCACUGCCGAGAACCGUCCUCGGCUUCGGCCUCCGGUUCUUCUCCUCGCCUGGAGGCUCUUCGUCGCCCCGGGCCUAGUCCUCCACUUGAAUGGGGGAGCUGCCACGCGCGUCCGAAAUGCCUCUUUUAAAGGCACGAGAACUUUAGUUAGAAGGGGUUGGAGGAGUUUGCGGCUGGUUCACCUUUACAGACUCUUCCAUGCCCCGCCCCCGCUUUGGCAGCUGCUCUGCUUGGAAGGGGGAAAAAUUGCACUGCAAAGGCAUCCCUGUGGGCUUCCUUCUCGAGCUCCUUUUAGGUGGGUUCAUCCUUCCCAGUCUAAAAAUUCUUCUUCUAAGCGAAAGGGGGGGCGGGAGAGGUGCAAAAGAAAGAAAGUCCCAAGUCAGUCCCCGACGUCUCCAGCCCUGCAGUUGCAGCGACCGCUCCGCAUUCCUGGCAUUCCUGGGCUGUGACUCCGAGGUCGGCGGUGGCUUCUCCAAGCAGCUCCGCAUUACAGGAGAGAAAGACGCAACGCAGGCACACGCCCGCUCCAAUCGCCCCUCAGCAACAGCCGCCGCCGCCGCCGCCUCCUGUACCACCUCCGGCCUUCCUCACUUGGGGCUCCGGCUACAAUCCCCUCCCUUGCUUUCUUUCCCCACCCUCCUAGCUCAUCCCCCCGCCCCGGUGGAUUUCCUGCCUCCUCGCCAAACUUCGCCAAACUUUCCCCAGCACUGCUGGGACGCCAGUGUUUCCCAGGCAGAGAAGGAGGAGGAGGAGGAGUCACCCUUCAAUAUCCUUUUCUCCCUCUCCCCCCAACAUUAGCCAUUAUUCCAUUCUUCCUUUGCCACCGCCACCUCCACUGUGCAGCGAUCUCUCGGGUUAAACUUUUUUUCCCUUUGGCUUUGGAUUUUUUGGGGGGUUUAAACGGGAAGCUUCGUCGGAAUUUUGCACAAAAGCCUGAAUUGCCCCUUUUCCGAGGGGGAAAAAGCUGGGGGAUUCCAGUGACUUUUGCGUCUUUCGGGGAGCGGGUGACCCAAAGACACAUGAAACAGAAUUUGCUUUGGGAUCAAUCCUGGCAUGGGUGACCAUUCCCACACCUGGUGGAGAAGAUCAGUAUCUAGAGGUGUUGCAUUUACAGCUACCUUGCUGAAAAGACCUAAGGUGUGAUAAGGAAAGGGACAAGUGUCUUGGCCCAGCAGUCAUGCCUUUUGGGCUGAAAUUGCGGAGAACCAGGCGCUACAAUGUCCGGAGCAAGAACUGUUUCAUGACCCGAAUUCGCUUAUUGGACAACAAUGUGAUUGAGUGCACGCUGUCCGUGGAGAGCACUGGCCAAGAAUGUCUGGAAGCUGUAGCUCAGAGGCUGGAAUUGCGCGAGACACACUACUUCGGCCUUUGGUUUCACAGCAAGAGCCAGCAAGUGCGAUGGGUGGAACUGGAGAAACCACUGAAAAAACAGAUGGACAAAUUUGCCAGCGAGCCUUUGCUUUUCUUUGGGGUCAUGUUCUAUGUGCCCAGUGUUGCACGAUUACAGCAAGAAGUCACAAGGUAUCAGUAUUACCUACAAGUAAAAAAAGAUGUUCUUGAUGGGCGAUUGCGAUCUUCACUGGAACAAGGCAUAAGGCUAGCUGCAUUGGCUGUUCAAGCUGAUUUUGGAGAUUACAAUCACUUUGAAUCUCAUGAUUUUCUCCGGGAAUAUGUUUUGUUUCCUAUGGAUUGGACUCAAGAUGAAGCAAUACUUGAGGAACUUACUCAAAAAGUAGCUCAGGAACAUAAAAACCACAGUGGCAUACCAGCAGCAGAAGCAGAAUUUCUUUACAUCAGUGAAGUUGAACGUCUGGAUGGUUUUGGUCAGGAGAGCUUCCCUGUGAAGGACAAUCACGGAAAUGACAUGCAUCUUGGAAUUUUCUGUAUGGGGAUUUUUGUAAAAAACAGAAUUGGAAGGCUCACAGUAAUCUACAGGUGGAAUGAUAUUGGAAACAUAACACACAACAGGUCCUCGAUUGCUGUGGAGCUCAUCAACAAGGAAGAAACUGUGCUCUUCCACACUGAUGACCUUGAAAAUGCCAAGUAUGUUUCACGCCUGUUUGCUGUGAAGCACAAGUUUUACAAACAGAAUAAAAUCUGCACAGAACAAUCAAAUUCUCCUCCUCCCAUCAGGCGACGGCCCACCUGGAGUAAAUCGUCCUUGCCAAGGCAGCACCCAUGUAUUUUGCCUCCUAUGCAUGUCCAGUGUGGUGAACCCUACCCUGAAACUCACAAUUCACAAGACAGCAUUUUCCAUGGAAAUGAAGAAAUGUUUUACUGUCGAUCUCAGACUAGCUUGGAUAGAUGUGCAAUGGACUACAGCUACUUGAAUGGCAACGUCCCCAACGGCAGUGUGUGCAGCGCCCCAAGUAUGAACUCCCUCAACCGCUCACAAAAUUUCAUUCAGGCUUCUCCAAUGUCCUCCAACCUCAGCAUCCCUGGGAGUGACAUCAUGAGAGCAGACUACAUCCCUAGCCAUAGACAUAGUGCAAUCAUAGUACCUUCCUAUCGGCCAACGCCAGACUAUGAAACUGUAAUGAGGCAAAUGAAUAGAGGGAUUAUUCAUACAGACAGCCAAAGCCAGUCGCUGCGGAACCUCAAUAUCGGGAACACCCAUGCUUAUAAUCACCCCAAAGACCUUGUGUAUAGCCAACCAGAAAUUCGGGAGCGCUCUCCUUAUACUAUAACCUAUGGGCCCCAAGGCACUUAUAAAAAACACAUCACUCCAUCUGAACAAAUGAAGCCCAUAAAUCCUACACAGACUAAAGCAGCAGCCAGUGCUAUUUCCCACACGGUUAGCACACCAGAGCUGGCCAACAUGCAAAUGCCAAAUAGCCAGAGAGGAGGUACAGCCCAUGUACUAAAAAACUACCGUUUUAGACCACCACCCCCAUAUCCACGUCCACGCCCUGCUACCAGCACACCUGAUCUAGCAAGCCAUCGCCACAAGUAUGUUAGUGGAAGCAGCCCUGACCUGGUCACUCGGAAAGUCCAGAUGUUGGUGAAGACCUUCCAAGAGGAUAGCUCUCCAGUCAUCCACCAGUCUCUCCAGGAAGUCAGCGAACCCCUUAGGGCAGUCAAGCACCAUGCACCUGUCAACAAGCGGCAGAGUUUGGAAGUCAUCAGCAACAUGGUGCGUGGCAUAGAGGUCAUGACUUUAAAGAGUCUAAACGCUCCUUUACCACGCAGAAAUACUUUGCGAGAGCAGGUGCAGCCAGAGGAAAUAGUGCAGCUCCCUCACUACCAUCACAAGAAGACCUUCUCAGAUGCCACAAUGCUGAUACACAGCAGUGAAAGUGAAGAGGAGGAGGAAGCCUCGGAAUCUGUUUCCUCUAUGGCAGCAUUCCAUGAAAACAUGGAGUACAGUGCUCAGCUGCAAGCUGCCUUGGCUAGAAUACCAAACAAACCUCCCCCAGAGUAUCCCGGAGCCAGGAAAAGCGUUAGCAAUGGAGCCUUAAGGAAUGACCCAAUGAACGUUACAUUGUCUGUUUCUCGAGUCAAGGCCAUGAGACCAGGGCCUACAAAGGCUGUCAGUGUAUGUCGGACUGACCCAACAGCGGUGAAUGGCUCUUCACUAGGCCCAUCGAUCUCAGAACCAGACUUAACCAUUGUAAAAGAGAGAGUCAAGAAAGAGCCGGUGAAGGAGAGGCCUGUAUCUGAAAUGUUUUCUGUUGAAGAUAGUAUCAUAGAAAGAGAGAUGAGGUAUCUAGAGAAACAGAAGAUGGCAGGCCUGGAGGCCCAGAAGAGGCCCUUGAUGUUGGCAGCGCUCAAUGGUCUCUCAGUUGCUCGUGUUCCAGUGCCUGAGGAUAGCCAGGAUGAAGUCACCAAGGUGCCCAUGGAUGAGCGGUGCAAAAUUCUGAGGAGAAAACUGGAAGAAGGAAUGGUAUUCACUGAGUAUGAGCAGAUUACAAAGAAGAAAGCAGAUGGAAACUUUACCACAGCAAUGCUUCCAGAGAAUGCAGAGCGUAACCGUGUGAGGGAAGUCAUUCCGUAUGAGGAGAAUCGAGUAGAGUUGGUCCCAACCAAAGAAAACAAUACUGGCUACAUCAAUGCCUCACACAUAAAGGUUACAGUAGGUGGGGAAGAAUGGCAUUACAUAGCCACGCAAGGACCUUUGCCACAUACCUGCCAUGAUUUCUGGCAAAUGGUGUGGCAGGAAGGGGUGAAUGUGAUUGCCAUGGUGACAGCAGAGGAGGAAAGAGGAAGAACUAAGAGCCACCGUUAUUGGCCAAAGUUGGGCUCCAAGCACAGCUCAGCAACAUAUGGGAAGUUCAAGGUGACCACCAAAUUCCGCACCGAUUCUGGUUGCUAUGCCACAACAGGUCUGAAGGUCAAGCACCUUUUGCUGGGGCAGGAAAAAACAGUAUGGCAUUUGCAGUACACCGACUGGCCAGAUCAUGGUUGCCCAGAAGAGCAAGGUUUUCUUUCUUAUUUGGAAGAGAUACAGUCUGUGCGCCGCCAUACCAACAGUGUUCUGGACAGCAGCAACAAUUGCAACCCUCCCAUUGUGGUGCACUGCAGUGCUGGUGUGGGGAGAACAGGGGUAGUUAUUUUGACAGAACUCAUGAUUAGCUGUUUGGAACACAAUGAGAAAGUGGAUGUGCCAAUGAUGCUGCAACAUCUGAGGGAUCAAAGGAUGUUCAUGAUCCAAACCAUUGCUCAGUACAAAUUUGUCUAUCAGGUGCUCAUUCUGUUCCUACAAAACUCGAGGCUUAUCUAGCAUCCCCUGAAGAGACUCUUCCUGCUCUCUUUGCUCAUCACAUCUGCAACCUGGUGGCUUUGCAAAUCUCUUCUCCAACAAUAACCAUGUCUUUCAGUAUUGUGUGGCACUCCCAAAACUGCCUCACUCGUAAGGAGACCAUGUUCUUCCCAAGAUUAUUUUAUAUGAGAUAAUUUAUUUUUUUUAUUGUCUUAAACUGAUGUGUAAUUUUUUUAAAAAAAUUGUGAAACUUAACUUUGGAUUUGAACCACAUUUGAAAUGACUGUUCUGCAUUGUAACGUGACUGUGAGGGAAGAUGUUCCUAUCUGAUGGCUCAUUAAAAACAUUGUUUUUCAUCCUUUUCAAAGACAUGCAAAUAGGAGACAAGACCCAACUAUAGGUUUCAUGUUAUCCAAAUCUGAAAGUAUGUACAUUUCUGUACAAUUAUGGGAUGGAAUAAGCUAGAAUUAUGAGUAAACAGCAGCAGCGAAGUGCAAAUCUUCAACAUUCAGCAAUGCCUCCAUGUAUGCAACUACAUUACUACAACAUCAUUUGGUUGUUAUAACAAGAGCAGUCUUAUUGGUGGUGGGCGGAGGGGUGUUCUGGAAGUGCCUCAUCAAUCUUUGUUCACCAAAUUAUGGUUGAAUCCUGCUCACCUAUUUCAGGAAACAGAUCUCAUUAACUAUAUAAUAUAUAAUGUCAAAGCUGGGGGAGUGUGUGUAGGCUUUUCUAAGGGACAGUCUAUUGGGAAGUUGAACUACAUUGGCAACUCCUAUGUAGUUCUGUGAGACUUGCAAGAACUUCUUAGCAAUUUGUGCCCUAGAUCUUAUAAGGCACAUUCCAUCCUCUGCAGUCUGUUCUUCUGAUUAACAGUGACGUAUCAGAUGAACCUAUCAAGCAGAUUCAUAUUGAAUAAAUUCCUUGGCCUCCAGACCAGUACCAUCUCUUCCAUCUGUCAGCAGCCUUUCAAGUCUCAGGAUGAGGUUUGUCUAAGCUCAGGUGUUUGAACUCCCAGUGCCAGCACUUGAUUCUGAGAACGCAUCCUAUGCCAAUGAGGUAUGGCAUUUGAAGUUACGCUUUCCAGGUAAUUUACUGUUAGUCUUUGGGAGCAUGCAGUUUGAGACAGCCAUGCUGAAGCAAAGGGCUUUGGCUUGUGCAGUGGGCUGGGCUGGGCUGAAGCUAAGGGUAGAGCUAGGCCACAUUAAAAGCACCUUUCUAGCCAAGGACAGCCUUGGGCAUAAGGAACAGUAAACUUUGCUGAAGGAAACAGAGAAACUCAAAUCCCUUCCUCUCCACAAAUGGCUAGGAAAAGAGAGCAUUAUAAAAUGUUGAGGAACAGUCUCUUGUUGAUGUUCUUUUAGAGAUUGUGUUGAUUCUUCAGUCAACUCCUGUUUUCAGGCCAGCACCUCCUUACCAGUGCCAACAUAUCUCUUGUUAAAUUAGCUGCAACCAUUUAAAGUCUUUUAGUGGCAUCUGCGUGAUAAUUGCACAGAGACGCUUUGUAUCUGGGAAGCCGGCCAAGGAAUAAACCUUGAAGCAAAGUGUAUUAAAUUAGUUAUCUCAUUAUAGCUUUUUGAAUAAUUUCCUAAUGAUGAAUUAAGUUUGAACCCAGAGCUGUCAAGUCCCAUUGUUCCAUUUGGCCUGAUAGUUAGGGAAUAGGAUGGGGAAAACAGUCCGCUCCAAGGUCUGAUUAUUAUGAUAUCUCAGUUGAAACGAAUAUAUUCUUGGCUUUCCUGGAAGUGCAUGGGAAAAAAAUUAUUUAAUAAGCAAGCAUAAUAGAUGCUAAGAGGCAAAAGUGGAGGACAUGCAGGCAAGGCUUUUUGUCACAGAAUUGCAGACCUUCCAAAAUGAAAAAAGAAAAUGCAAUGCUCACUCAUGAGCCAAAGAGGUGCUAGCCUAAUAUGCAACUAUUUUGAAGCUGUACCUGACAUGGGCGAUGGAUUUCAAAGUUACUUAUAUUAAAAUGCAGUUUAAAUUUUAAUGACAUGCUCACACUAGACUUGACCUUGACAAGGUCUGUUAACAUCUUAAGCAAGAAGUUGUUACAUUAUCUUGAACAAUUUUUAAUCUCCUUCUCUUGGUCACUUUGGCAUCACAAGAUAAAAGGCAACAUUUAAAAUUGCAUGGUAAAGAGAUGCUUUGCCAGGCCAGAGUUCUUUUAAAUAUACAAGAUAUGGAAUUCCUCAACCAAUUUCAGGAAUCACACAGAAAAAUCAGCCUAGGAAUUGAAUUCCCCGUUAAUUUGCCACAAUUUUAGAUUGAAACUUUUUAUUCUGUUUGGAUGUUGUUGCUUUAUUAAUACAAAUAUAUGAUUAAUACACAGGAGGUAAUCUACCUGAGCUGGCUGGGCAUAGUGUUAUGGGGGUUCUAAUUGUUCCUGGAGGAUAGGUUGCCAGAAGUGAAGCUGUGGACUUGGGCUUCUAUGGUGUUUCAAGGAAUCAGCUUCUCUCCCACGAUGUUAAACAUCAAUUUGAAGCAGAUAGGUGACAUCCCCUGAGGUACCCAGCUUUUUCUGGCUUUCCUAUUAGUUCCCAGAAUAACAGUGGAAGUCCUGAACCAUUACUUGAAAUCAGUCAUGGACUUGGAAGGUGAGCAAAUUAACACAAUCCUUGUUAUUUCCUCCAGGAUUGUUGUCACUUGACGGACCAAGAGAAUGGAAUGCUUGAAUGCCCCUCUGUUUCCAAGUGUUGUAUAACUUGAGGGUUAAUAUAAACUAUUAUAAACCAUAGCUUUGUAUUCAAAGCAACUAAGUAAUGUUUGUACUAACACUGGCUCUUCCAGCAAAUUAAUGUUCAGGUCAGGAUGCUCUCUUGAGAUAAAAAAACUUAAGUGUUUUCAUGCAUCACAACACUAUACUCCAAUUUGGUGAACAUCAGUGAUCCCUGGAUCCAUUUCAAUGUUUCCAAAUAUAACAAAAACGAAAAGAGAUAGAAAUUGCAUAAGAGGGCUUCAGAAUGGAUUCAGUCAAACAAGUUUGGACAGCUCCCCCACUUUUGCAUUUUCAGCUUACCCCAUGGAUAGUUGCAUUCACAAAUCCUGGAUAUGAAUUUGUAGUGUAGUAGUCAGAGCUGAUAGUGAACUGGUGAGAUAAUCUACUGAUUUUCUUAAUUGCCUCAACUAUCUCACCAGACUCAGAGUUAUUUAGUGUCCAGUUAAAUUGGACAAAAUUUAAUCCCUGUUAUUCUCAUCAAGCUCCAUUUCUGCGCUACUAGCCCAUUUUUAACCAGAAUUAGCUAGAGUAUUUAAAGUAACACAACUUAAUUCUGUUGAAAUCACCACUGAUGGGAACAUUUUCUCAAUUUCUAAACAAAAAUAUCCUUUUGUGGAUAUUUUGCAUAAAAGCUUACAUAUGCAGAUGUUUCUAAAUUGCACCUGUAUAAUCUUGUAUGACUUGUGUUACAGAAACUAACAUGCUUAAUUGAUUUUUACAGCACUGGACUUAAUUCUAUUUUGCUACAAUAUUGUUAUACUUCAUCUGGUACUUGCUCUGUUGACUCAAGUCCAGAGCCAUCAUUUGGACGUACUUAAGUUUUCUUGUAUGUAUAAAUUUUGUAAACAACUGAGGUUGACUAUGUUUAUUUCCAUUAAUUCAAUAUGACUGCCAUAUGCUCCAUUUUGUACUAUUGAAUGCCUUUUUCAAAAAACUAUGCAUGCUAUUUUGUACACUAAUGUACAUUCUAUCAGUACAUAAGCUUUUGCUUGUUGGUUUUAUGUUUUGUGUAGAACCGACUGACUGACAGUAUUUUUGCACUGUUCUCUGGUCUGUUUUUGUAAGUUCUUCAGCAUUAAUCAAUUUCAUUUUUUUUACAUUUUCAUUGCCUGUGUAAAUAAGAUCUCUUUUCCAGUGUGAGAAAUCUGACUCAAAGCUUUGUUUUUUUUAUAAAUGACUAUGCCAAGCUUUUAUAUUAAUCUUAUGCAAUAAAUUUUUUUCUCAAA